AUGGCGCCUCUGGGCCCCCCAUUGAGCAAGAUGCUCUCCUCGCCCAUCCUCUCUCUACUAUGCCUUGUCUACCUCUUCAGCUCGACCGCACUGGCUGCAUCGGCAGUUCUGGGAGUCGACCUAGGCACUGAAUAUAUUAAAGCAGCUCUCGUCAAACCCGGAAUCCCUCUCGAAAUCGUCUUGACGAAAGACUCGCGGCGGAAAGAGGCGUCCGCCGUUGCCUUUAAGCACCCGAAGAAUCCAAAGAAGGGUGAAUUCCCUGAACGACUAUACGGCUCCGACGCUAUGUCUUUAAGUGCCCGAUUCCCGGGCGAUGUGUAUCCCAACCUCAUGACCCUUUUGGGCCUGCGAACGGACGAUCCAAUAGUCAAAGAUUUCUCUUCACUACAUCCAGCAUUGCAGAUCGAGGCAGCAAAGACGAGGGGUACCGUGGCAUUUAAAAGCGGUGCAUUUGCGGCAGACGAGGAGGCAUGGACGGUAGAGGAGCUUUUGGCCAUGGAGCUCCAGAGCAUACAAAAAAACGCCGAAGCGCAUGCAGGAAAGGGCAGCCGGGUCAAGGAUCUGGUUGUUACUGUGCCUCCUUUUUACACGGUGGAGGAGAGGAGGGCAGUGGAAUUAGCGGCUGAAUUGGCUGGACUUCGGGUCCUGGAGCUCGUGAGUGACGGACUAGCUGUAGGCCUGAACUACGCUAUGUCACGGCAAUUCAAGAGUAUCAAUGAAGGUGGAAGUCCAGAGCGCCACAUGGUUUUUGACAUGGGUGCUGGUUCUACAAAGGCUACAAUCCUGAAAUUCCAGGGACGAACUGUGAAAGACGUUGGAAAAUUCAACAAGACAGUCCAGGAAGUUCAAGUUCUGGGGAGCGGCUGGGAUAGGACACUAGGCGGUGAUGCUCUGAACGCGGUCAUUGUGGACGACAUGGUCGCUCAAUUCGUUGCUUCACCCGCUGCAAAAAGUGCCUCAAUAACUGCUCAGGCAGUCAAAGGACAUGGACGAGCCACGGCCAAGCUGCUAAAGGAAGCCGAACGAUUAAGACAUAUUCUCAGCGCCAAUGCCAACACUCAAGCUAGCUUCGAGAGCCUUUACGAGGAUAUCGAUUUCAAGUACAAAAUUACUCGGGUACAGUUCGAGAAGCUCUCCGAAGCUCAUGCGGCACGUGCCACUAUUGCAUUGGAAAAGGCUUUAGACAUGGCAGGUCUCAAAAUCAAGGACCUUGACUCUAUAAUUCUGCACGGUGGCGCUAUCCGGACUCCUUUUGUUCAGAAGGCGCUCGAGAAUUUUGUUGGCUCCACAGACAAAAUUAGAACGAAUGUUAAUUCCGACGAGGCUGCUGUAUUUGGCGCUGGAUUUAAGGGUGCCGGCCUCAGCCCAUCAUUCCGUGUGAAGGAGAUCAGAGCUUCAGAAGCUGCCAUGCACCCGGCCGGCAUCAAAUGGAUUAACACAAACGAGAAACUGCAAUAUCAAAAAUUAUGGCAACCAACUUCGUUCUUCGGGGCGGAAAAGCAGUACACUUUCAAGAACCAAAAGGAUUUCUCGAUCGACUUUUAUCAGCAAGCUCCAUCAUCGGAAGCCACUGAAACCUACACAGAGCAGCAACUUCUGACAUUGACAACUCAAAAUUUGACAGAAUCGGUCGCCCGUCUUAAGGACAAGUUCGGGUGUUCCGAUGCCGAUAUCAAUCUUAAGCUCAGCGCCCGUCUUUCAACUAGCAAAGGCCGGGUAGAGGUCCUUAAGGUAGUCGUUGAUUGCGAGGUUGAAGAGACAGAAGAAAAGGAAAGUGUUGUUGAUAGCGUGAAGAAUAUGCUUGGCUUUGGGAAGAAAGACCAAGCUCCCCUUUCUGAAGAGGAAGAUGAGCUUGUCGAGACCAUCUCCAGCUCUUCCGAGUCUGCCAGCGGCUCAACGUCGACUGCUUCUGCCUCUGCAUCUCCGUCAGCAAAGGACACCAAGGAUGCGAAGACUAAAGAUUCAAAAGAUGCAAAAGGAAAGAUGAUCAAGCGUUUCGAAAUCAUCCCAGUGAAAUUCACAAUUGAGUCCAAGGGGCUGCCUCAACCAUCAGCGUCCGACAUCAAACGCAUGAAAGACCGGAUUUCUGCAUUUGAAGAUUCCGAUCGAAAUCGUCAACUGCGAGAAGAGUCCCUCAAUCAACUCGAGGGGUUCACAUACAGAGUAAGAGAUUUAUUGGAUGACGAGGAAUUCGUCGCAGUUUCUACAGCUGAUGAACGAGCCAAUCUUGAGGCCAAAUCGAAGGCAGCGAGCGAGUGGAUCUAUUCGGGCGGCGUAGACGCCAGCCGAGAGGAGCUGAAGGCCAAACUGAAAGAGAUAAAAGAUAUUACUACGCCAAUUGAGAUGCGGAAGGAAGAAGCUGUGACACUCCCAGAAAAGCUUAAGCAGCUUCAACAAUCUCUGAACCAAACACAAAUUAUGAUUGCCGGUAUUACCAAGCAGAUCGCGAACGAUACGAAGGCUCAUGAGGCAUUCAGCGCUUCCAAAUUAAGUGCUGCCAGUGCCACCGUUACUGUCAAACCAUCCGCGAAGGUCGAGAAUGACUUUGACGAUCUAGAGGAUGAGCCGGCAACAACCACUGAUGACGAACCGCUUCCCGAGGAGACUAUGGCCCCUCCAGUGUAUAAAACAGAUGAUCUCAUCAAGCCCCAAAAAGCACACGAGGUAAUAUCCAAGUGGCUUGCCGAAAAGCUCGCCAAACAGGACAAACUCGCCAUAACCGCUGAUCCUAUCCUUCUCACCAAAGAUGUAGCGGCAAAAGUAAAAGAGCUCGAAGAUAUCCAAGUCGACCUCAUCAUGAAGAGCAUGAAGCAACCCUUCAAAACACAACGGCCCACCAAGAAAGCCAAGAAGGCUAAGAAGCCCAAGAAGCCCAAGUCGGCCUCUCAGUCAAAGACUGCUUCAGCGGCCAAGGCCGAGAACACCCUCGAGCUCAAUGACCAGGGCCAGCCUGUCUUCAAGGUGGGCGAGGAUGGAAAGUUACCUUCUGAGGAGGAGCUCCGCGCAUUUCUCGACAAGGAGAUGGCUGCGGACGAGGCGAGGAAGCUGAAGGAGGAGUCUAAUACGAAUGGGGAUGCGGCGAGUAAGGACAAGGAGCCUGAGCCGCCGAAGGAGCAUAAAAUAGACGAGCUAUGA